AUGUGUCAAAAGGAGGCAUUAAUCAGGGUAAUUUGGCUGCUCCUAACUCUUUUGCAGGUAUUCUUGGGAAUGCUCAAGCCUACUAUGCCAACAUGGCAACUCAGGAACUCGGAAAUCAAGCUUUUUUCAGCUUUAUUACAGGAUCACAACAGCAACACAUCCCACUAUCGGGUCCAACUCAGCAACCUGUCAACUUUCAUGCUAGGCUUCCUCCGCCAGCCCACUUCUUUCAUCCCACAGCCUCUUGGUCCAGCCUCUUUCCCCGCCACUAGCAUGUCCUCUCCGAAGAAGAAUAAAAAUGACGAAGUUACUGUUUCAAAGGUCGAGGAAAAACAAACUGAACCAGAGACUGUCAAACCUUUAAAAGAAGUGGUUCCUUCAAAGACCGAUGUGUUCAAGAAAAUUAAGAAGAUGGAACAUAUGUCACGAAGCUCUUCUGACAGGUCUCCCAGCUUUUCUCCAUCCAUGAUUCGCAAGCCACACGUUACAAGAAAAGGUGUUGUGCUUCGCGAAGUUCCAGUUCCUGUUUCCCCAUCAGCAAAGAAAAGAAAAGCUAAAGAUAUGGCCAAACACAUUUCCAAGAACUAG